GGGGGCAGAGAAGGAGGAGGGUAGGAGGAGAGGAGAAGAGGGUGCUGGCAGAGGGACAUUCACUCAUUGUUACCAAGAAGAGGACCUGCGGAGACCCCGUUGCAACACGUGAAUUUUCGGCACAACAGUCAGAUUGCAGACUGGACAUCAUCUCCGUCUGUGGUUGUCCUCAGUAUUUCUCAUCGCUGUCCCUCGAGGCAGGAGAGGGAGGAGUGUAAGCCGUUUGGUCAUAGUGCAGCAUCUUAAUGGACCACAGCAUCUCUCAGGUGAUGGAGGUCUUGUGACACACUCCUGCCAGGAAUUGCCACAGUGAUGGAUGCAGCCAGCUUCAGCCAUGGCCAUGUUGGAUUGUGCUGCCAAACCCAGACUGUUUCUCUGUGAUCUGACGAGGAGGAAGAGACUACUAGACGGUUCUUAAGCCUUACGAUUUCCCCUUCCUGGUGAAUGAGCCAGAUGCUAACAGCGCUCAGCGCUACAUCCUAACCAGCCUGUCACCUGGGUCUUUUCUCUCUCCUCCUGUACGGACCAGUCAUGGAUCUCCUGUGGGUGUUGUCAGUGUCCAUGCUGACGGUGUGUGUUGCCAUUCCCAUGGAUGCGGCUGCGGGGAGCCACAGUCUGUUUACCUGUGAGCCGAUCACCCUGCGCAUGUGUCAGGGGCUGCCCUACAACUCCACCUUCAUGCCAAACAUACUGAACCAUUAUGACCAGCAAACCGCCGCUCUCGCCAUGGAGCCGUUCCAUCCCAUGGUAAACCUGCAGUGCUCUCCAGAGCUCAGGAUGUUCCUUUGCGCACUCUACGCUCCAGUGUGUACAGAGUAUGGGCGAAUGACUCUGCCCUGUCGCCGCCUCUGUCUGCAGGCCAAGAGUGACUGCUACAAACUAAUGGACAUGUUUGGCGUCAGCUGGCCAGAGGAGAUGGACUGUAACAGGUUCCCAGACUGUGACGAGCCCUACCCCCGUCCUGUGGACCUCCUGUCCAGCUCAGACACGACCGAAUCCCCCAUCUCUGUCCAGAGAGACUACGGCUUCUGGUGUCCACGCGAACUCAAGAUCGACCCGGAACUCGGCUACUCUUUCAUGGGAGUUCGGGACUGCUCGCCCCCAUGUCCCAACAUGUACUUCACGCGGGAGGAGCUGAUGUUCGCCCGCUACUUCAUUGGGGUGGUGUCCAUCGUCUGCCUGUCUGCCACCCUUUUCACCUUCCUGACCUUUCUCAUCGACGUGUCACGGUUCCGUUAUCCGGAGCGCCCGAUUAUUUUUUAUGCUGUGUGCUAUAUGAUGGUGUCCCUGGUGUUCUUCCUGGGGUUUCUGUUAGAGGACAAAGUUUCCUGUAACGCAGCCAGUCCUGGGAGGUUCAGGGCUUCAACAGUUACUCAAGGCUCCCAUAACAAGGCCUGCACUCUUCUGUUCAUGGUGCUAUAUUUCUUCACCAUGGCUGGCAGCGUCUGGUGGGUCAUUCUGACCAUCACCUGGUUCCUGGCUGCUGUUCCCAAGUGGGGCAGUGAGGCUAUAGAGAAGAAGGCCCUCCUCUUCCAUGCUUGUGCUUGGGGCAUCCCCGGUGUCCUCACUGUCAGUCUGCUCGCCAUGAACAAGAUUGAGGGAGACAGUGUCAGUGGGGUUUGCUUUGUGGGACUCUACAACUUGACGGCACUGCGUUGGUUCCUACUGGUCCCGCUAGGGCUGGACGUAGUGGUUGGUGUGGCGUUGCUUCUGGCAGGCAUAGCAGCGCUAAACCGCGUCCGCAUGGAGAUCCCACUGGAGAAGGAGAACCAGGAGAAACUGGUCAAGUUCAUGAUUCGUAUCGGCGUGUUCUCCGUGCUCUACCUGGUCCCUCUGCUGACCGUUCUGGCCUGCUACCUGUAUGAGAACAGCUACAGAGCUGUCUGGGAGACGACCUGGGUGCAGGAGAAGUGUCGAGACUACCACAUCCCCUGCCCCUACCAGGUGGAGAGCACCAGCCGUCCUGACCUGGCCUUGUUCCUCAUCAAGUACCUGAUGAUGCUGAUCGUAGGAAUCCCCUCUGUGUUCUGGGUGGGCAGUAAGAAGACCUGCUUCGAGUGGGCCAGCUUCUUCCACGGCAAGAGACGCAAAGAUGGGAUGGUCAAUGAAAGCCGGCAGGUGCUCCAGGAGCCCGACUUCGCCCAGCUGCUGCUGCGGGACCCCAACACGCCCAUUGUGAGGAAGUCGCGGGGCACGUCCACCCAGGGGACCUCCACCCACGCCUCCUCCACCCACCUGGCCAUGCUGGACGAGCCGCCCAGCGCCAGCACCAGCCGGGCUGGCUCGGUCCGGAGCGCGCGCUCCAAGAUGAGCAGUUACCACGGCAGCCUGCACCGCUCUAGAGACGGCAGAUACACAGCCUCGAGCUUCCGGGCUGCAGACGACCGGCUGCCCUAUGGCAGCAUGCCCCGCCUCAACGACCAACCGCAGUCCAGGCACUGCAGCACCAACCGCCUGGACAGCCUAUCGCGGCACGGCUCCACCCAGAGACUGGAGAGCCAGUCGCGGCACAGCAGCAUCAGGGACCUGAGCAGUGCCACCCAAGCUGUCCUCGGUGUCCCCGGAAACGGGAUUCACAGAGUCCUGGAGGAGGACGGAGCCACUGCCUGAUCUGAAACCUGCUUCUCCUGGACACCAGUGAAGGAGGUGUGACUGGACGGGCGGAGGUGAGAGCAGGAGAGAUGACUCUCUGUCUUUUUCUAGUAAGAUGAACAAUAUGUGAGGAUCCAGAAAUGAAGAGCAGCAACCACUGUGGUCUCCACCCCUGCUGCAGCACAACUAUGACGCUGCAGUCUCCUGUUGUAGUGAGCGGGACGAGGGCUACGUCAGGCCAGGUGGAGAGGACUGAGUGUGGACUGAUGCCUUAAAAUUUUCUCUCAGCUUUACCUGACCCACCGGCUGAUCCAAAAAAACUGAAGCUCUAAAUGAUUUUUGUCCAGUUUACAAAAUGUCCUGAUGUUGACAUCUGGAUGGUCUGUUGGACCUAAACUACUGAGCCACAAGAACAAACUGUGACCAUCAGUGACAGACUGCACUGGACUGUCUGUACUUGUUUAUAUAAAGGACGAUGGACAGACAUGUCGAGCCUUCUCUUCUGGUCUGUGCUCUUCAGCACUGAGGAAGGUGGACGCAGGGUAUUUUUUUUUAAACAUUCACCUUUUUUUAGAUUUGACUUUUUACUUGUUUUGCACGUUUUCAGCUUCUGAUGUCACAAUUAUUUCCAGUUUUAAAUCUAAAAUCCUGGUAACCUGCUGAAACCCCAGUUUAAAGGCAAAUCUGUUCACACCUGAUUUGAAACUCCACCUUAAAGAUAACAUGUUAGUGAGACGUUUAGGGAACCAACGACUGUGGAUUUUUGCCUUAAAACUUCCUCUCAGCUUUACCUGACCUGCGAGCUGAUCCCAAAAACUGGAGAUCAGAAGUUAAUGAUGGAUUUUCUGACGUCUGGACAAACAGUGUACAUGUCUCCUGACCUUUACAAAAGCCUUGUCUCAUUUUAAAAAAAAGUUUUUAAUAUGGAAAUACUUCAAUGCAACAAUAACAAUCUGUGAUUUGCUGUUCUGAAUGCAAGGGCUGAAAUACAGGACAAAAGCUGAAUCCAAACUCCUGCCUUACGACUGUGUUCAGACAGAACGAGAAGCGAAAGAAGUGAAUUCACCCAAAACUUUGUGUGUGUCCUGGUCCUUAAUCAGACUGUGUUGUAAAUGUAAAGAGGAAAGAGACUGUGUGGAAAUAAGAGUUCUGAGUUCAGGCUGAGCUGAAGACAGACACACGUUGUUGUUGUUACUUUCUGUCCACAUUUCGCUCCACUUUCUGUCUGAACACACCUCUCCAGUUUGAAUAGAUAGUUUGCCCUUAAAGUAGUCAAAUUCUGAAUAGUUUAUCCUGCUAAAAUGUGUCCUUACUUGUAUAGCUAUUGUAAAUGUUAGACCAACAUUUCCUCUAGUGGCGACACUUGUGCAUAGAUGUAAAAACGGAACUUUUGUUGUUCAUUUGUAAUAAAGUUUUUUAAAGAACAGACAGGAUGUUUUUGGCAGAGAAGAAAUGACCACACACAAACACACUGGGUGUGUAUUUGUAACAGCCCUCCGCUUUAUUGAAAUACAUCGGAGUCAGGUUAAUAUAAUGAGUUCUCCACAUAAGUGUGGCAGCCAGUUCCAUACAUUAUUUUUUGUUUUGACCUUACACCUUAAAUAUUUUUUUUGUGCAAAAAAGAAUCUACAUCACCUGUAGUGGGUUAUCCUCAGUAAAACGCCCAAACCGUUCAAAAAGGAGCAAGUCCAAGUAAAACAACAAACCGAAAACAAAAAUGAUUACAUCUAUAACAUGCAAAACUGUACAAAUUAUUACAAAGCAAUCCUAGAAAAAAAAACAAAAAAAACAAAGUGUAAUAUGAUAUGAAAGAGCAAAAUAAUAUAGAAGGUACUGUGGAUAAGACCUCACUGAAAUGCAAAGGCGUUUGAUUUUUUUUUUUUUUUUUUUUUUGAGUUUCUUCCUCUUUAAAUGUUACCACUGUGGCACCUCAGCCAUUAAACCACCUGUCACCCUUCACCCCUCAAACAUUUCAUCAUCUCCUCUCCUCUAGUCCCUCACCACCCUCUCUUCCUGCUGUCUCCACCCGGGUCACAUCUAUUGAACACUACAGCCAGAUUCCCCUCACUCACUCACUCACUCCUCCAUCCAUCCAUUCAUCCAUCCAUUCAUCAAACCUCUAACACGCUCAUUCUCAUCUAAAUGAAAAGAAUUCAUUGGUUCUGACAUUUCCUGAGUUUCUCUUCUCCUAUCCUUAAAUCUGGGAUAUCUGGGAUCAGUUUUUCUGUACAAUAUUGGCCAAUAAUAAAAACACCUGGCUAAGACAGCCCUCCCCCACCCCCACCCCCACCCAGCAAAUACAUUCUACAGAUAAACUCCAGCAGGAACUGAGGAGAGUCGCUAGCUUAAAAAGUUUCUAGGAGGCGGUUGUUUGGAAUAAAACCAGCUUAGUCGCACCCUGGCGCUCCAAAUCUCUCUCCUCGUAUAAAAUAGAAAACGAAAUAAAACACUUGGAAUGGGCUGUGUUGUUGUGUUUCAACCGGGCAGGAUCGGCAGGAAUGUGCACCAGAGUACUGACGUUUUUUUUUUUUUUUUUUUUCCCCUUU